AUGGAGAAGGAAAAUGCUGUAGCUCAUGAAGAUUUCAUAGGAAGAGAUCCUAAGAAAUUUUGUAAGGCAUUCAUUGAACCUGCUGUAGUUUGUGAUAUGAUUCUGAAUAAUGUUAGUGAAACCUUCAAUGGUUAUAUACUUAAUGCCAGAGGAAAGCAUUUGAUUCACAUGUUGGAGGAGAUUAGAACAUCUCUAAUGGAGAGGCAAUAUAGGAAAUUGGAAGAGGUGAGGGGCAACAAUGAUUUACUAUGUCCAUCUAUUCGAAAGAAACUUGAUAAGUUGAAUAUGGAUAGUCGAUUUUGUAUCACACAUCCUGCUUUAGGGGGAAAAUUUGAGGUAGAUUUAAAUGAGGAUCGAUUUGUAGUUGAUGUUGGGACUAGGUCAUGUACUUGUAGACAAUGGGAUAUAACAGGCAUUCCUUGUCCUCAUGGAUGUGCUGUGAUUAAUUUCCUCAAAGAAGAUGUUGCUGGUUAUGUGCAUGAGUAUUACUCUUUGGCUAAAUAUAAGGAUGCUUAUGCAUAUGGGUUGCCACCAUUGAAUGGUGAGAAGAUGUGGCCAAGAGCAGAGGGGUAUCCUGUCAAACCACCUUUGGUGAAGAAGAUGCCUGGUAGGCCAAAGAAAAAGAGAAAAAGAGACCCGUUAGAAACGAACCCUUCAAAUUCAAACAGGCUUAGGAAAAUUUGUAAAAUGACAUGUCAAAAGUGUUUUCAACAAGGGCAUAAUAGCCGAGGAUGCAAAAAUCAACCUAUUGAGAAGCCGACCGCGACACAGGGAAAACGAGGCAGACCUCGCAAAGUACAAGUACCAGAAAGUGGUUUGUUAAGUGCUGAAAAAGCCAGAGCAUCUACUCCAAAUUCAAGGCCACGAACAGACAAAGCUGUACUUGUACAAGAAAAAAAGAAAGCUGGACAAGGCAACUCAUGA